GGAUGACUCACCCCAGCCCAGGAGGUAGUACCAGUGAAGAUGCUGCUCCUCUGCAAACACGGCCACCACGAUGAGCGUGUGCAGAUUUAGUCGAGGACCGGGAUUCUCCUGCAGGACCGCCGGGGUGAAAGACAGCUACCUGCGAGCCAUCACAAUGCCGGUCAUAAAUGUAGAAGACCUGACAGACAAAGACAAGGCUCUGAUGGAAGUAAACCAACUCAAAACCGAAGUGAAACUUCAGAGGUGGUUGACAUCUAAAUGCUGCGAGGAGCUCAAGGACUACAUUCAGGCCGGAGUGGAUGAGGACACUCUUGUCAAAGGCAUUUCAGAGGAGAAGAACCCCUUCAAGGAGAAAGGUGGCUGCGUCCUUUGCUAGACUGAACAUGAAGAGUUCUUCACAUCUCACAUUAGCACUCCAAGGACGUUCUACCUGCUUUCUUAAAAUGGACACAAAGAACAAAUAAUUGUCCAACUACAUUUCCCAUCUUUUAGCCAGAUUUAUACCCUUUGAAUUGUGUUUACAUCUAUUUUGCAAGGGUUAUACAUAUUUAUUGCUUUCCAUCUAAACAGAAAGGUCAGUCACACAAAUGUCACCUCUUAUUAAAUGUGCUUGUUUAUACCUCA